GGCCGAGUCCCAGCCGGUGGCUGUAACGAGCGCGCCUGUCGUCACCCACGGCGCCUGUUGUCACCAGCGAGGGUUUGACCGAUGUCGAGCCUUGGUUCACUGCUUCGAACCAUGUCACCCAAAACACAGGCGCCCAACGCUCUGCUCGCGGCUGAAGGCAAGCAGGCUCAGCCCAGCCGCGUUCAGGCCAGGCGGUGUGUUAUUUUUCUGCCACCGAUGGCAAAAGCAGCUGCUCCCUUUCCCAAGCCAACCCGGGCUGCAGACUCCUGCCAGCUGCCUGCUUUGCAGCUGCUCCCAGAGGGAGGAGACGGCCUCAGGUCUCCAGAAAUCGCCUUCGAUGCUGAAGGUGACCCACAGAAGCUGGAGGCUUGGGUUGAGGAGAGGAAGCAGCUCCGAUCUCAGCUGGAGAGCAUUGCGGAUGUAGGAAAAUGGCUGAUGGGAAAGCCUGCCCGUAGCGGUCGAGGAGAAAGAGUCUGGGAAAGAAUAAAGGCGUGCAGAGCAGACAGGAGGGCUGAAAGCAAAUUGGCCGUGACCCGCAGCCUGGGAGUGGUGUCUCACUCACCACCAGCGAGUGGCCAGCCCUGGCAGGGCGGUCACCCUCCCCUUAUUCGUGCACCAUACCCCCCGGCUCUUGUCACGCUGCAUAACCUCCUGCGCAAGCAGAAGCUGUCGAUGGUGGACACGUUCAAGAGGGCUGGUAUGGACAGGAGGAAGAUCACAAGAGCAGACUUCAUUCACGUCAUCAAAGCGACCAAAGUUCCCAUCAGCGACAAGGACCUGGAGACAGUAAUCAUCUUCCUGGCUUCCUCAAAGAGGGGAGAUUUUAUAAGCAAUGAAGAUCUGAUUGAAUGUCAAAAGCAGUGGCUGGAAAUGAUGAAAGGACAAUCCAGAGAGACCAAAACAGGUGUACAAGCACAGUUCCAUACAACCACUUGCACAGCGGUCAGUUGUGUAACUCCUGCCGGGGGCAAAGCCAAAGAGAUGAAGCCUCGUGCUCCUACCGAGCCUAAAACACAGUUAAUGCUGUUAGAAGUUCCCCCAGUCAGCACUGAGCCAGAACGCAGAUAUCUAAGCUACGAUGAAAUGGAAGAGGCUGGAAAACAGUUCAGAGACAGGAGGCGAUGGAAGAAGGAUAAAGAUGGCCCGCUAGAAUGGAAAGAAAAGUGUCGGCUGGUGAGAUCUGGGGAUGUAGCCAUUAAUGAGCACUGCCUGCCAUCAACUGCAGAGGGUGACUUGGGAGCACUGGUGGACCAGUACCGCAGGGAUUGCUUCCUGAGUUAUCUGAAGAGCCUCAAGCUGUGCAGAGGACCCAACAGUCGUCUCACAGAGCUAGUGCUGCAAAAAGCCCUGCUGCACCCGGGUGACAAGGUCAUCAGAGAGGGUGAAGCUACAAGGCAGAUCAGGCAGCCUGGAGGAUCCUACACCAAAGCACGUGAUCCUGCUCCAUCGCCUGUGAGCACAUCCAGGUCAAGAACUGCAUCUGGAAAGCAGGCCAAAGAGGCGGAAAAUAGGCGGCUUCAAAGGAAUAAAAUGCAAAUGAAGUUUGCGCACAUGAGCAAGUCAAAUGACAACAACUUCUGGCCGGGUCAUCCUCUGGACAAGAUACGCCUUUACCUGCCCGAAACGGAGGCUGGCAGGGCGCACGCCUUGUUCAGCUACGUCCGUUUGACCAAGCCCGUCCGUCCGGGCCUCUGCAGCCCUGAGCACCGCUGACUCUGGGGAGGGGGGCUGCUCGACCUCCGGCCGUGCUGCUGUCAGCCAGACCCGUUUCUUCUCAAGUUCUUCUCUCGGCGGUGCGAGGCGCGAGGGCGGCUCCGUGGCCUGUCGCUCGGCUCGGGGAUCGGGGCCCUGCCGGUGGAGAAGGU